UCUCACUACCAUCUUCUCAAGGGACAGGCAAUAAAUGGUGGCCUAACUGAUCCAGUCUCUGUUCAUAUGUUUGUCCUGCCAUCCCAGGAAUCAGUCUGGCAUUCAGCUGCACAGAGCCAGGAUCAGAUUGAAUUGUUGGUGUGACCUCUUUACCCCGCCGUUCUGAAACACAAGACUCCUCAGCAUUCCCUCUCCCAACUCAAUAAACUAUCCUGUGGUGCUAUUGCCUUGGCAUCUAUUAGGGAGUAGCAACUCUGCUCUGCCAGUGAUUCUCCCUGUUAACAGAUAGACAGUUCUUAUCUUUUCCAGAUCCUGCACCAACACAGAGCUGCUAAAGAUAUGGUGACCCUUAAAACCAUCUACCAGGAAGAAGACGAGGCCUAUAACGAACUGGUCAAUGCAGCCACACAGUUUUAUCAGUAUUUACUACAGCCUUUUCGGGACAUGAGAGAGUUUGCUUCGCUCUGUAAACAGGAAAUCUUGAAAUCCUUGGAAUUUGACGAGUUGGGUCCAAGGAGAAUUCAAAGCCUCAAGAAAGAUGAUGAGGAAUGGUCCAUACGGGUGCAGGAAGCGGUCCGCUCAAUCCAGGACAUCACAGUGGAUUACUUUAAAGAGACUGUGAAAGCACUGGCUGCCAUGCAGAAACAGAUGGAGGAAGAUCAAAAUCAUUUUGGCAAAGCUGCCUGGGCCAGUGUAGCACCAAGACUGGAGAAACUAAAACUUAUGUUUGCAAAGGAAACAUUGCAACACACCAGAGCGAAAGAACUUUGUCUCAAUCGCAGGAAAGUAGAGAUUCAGCAGAAGAUGGAGCUUCUUGAUAAUCAGGAAGUGGUGGAAACAGUGGAUGGGUUAGAAAUGCAGUAUUAUGAAACACAGCUGGAACUGUACAGUAUUCAGUUGGAAAUGUUAAAGAAUGAGGAGUUGCUCCUUUUUGCACAGUUGGACACCAUUCGACGCCAGAUCAAGGAAAAAGAGGAGGAAGUGGUUUAUUAUGACACCUGUGAAGAUCCUGAGCAACUUCAGGCCAAUGACAACCUGGGAUUGACACAUGACACUCGUUCAGUGGAAAUUAAAAAAAUGUGGCGCCAGGUUCACCAGUUGGAGACCAAACGGGGUCGUAUUUGUGCACGCAGAUCCUAUCUGAGAAAUAAGCGGGAUCAAUGUGAGGAAUCUUGGAAAGCAAAGCAGCAGCAAGAACAAGAAAACCAGAAGCGCAUCCAGCAACACCACAGUAUCCAGCUGAAACGUGACCAGAAAAAGGAAGAAGCUCGAAGGAAGAGGGAGUGGGUAAACCUAGAACGGCAAAAAACUUUACAGCGACUCCGAGCAUUUAAGGAGAAAUCAUCAGCACACUUUGUAUUUCAACCUCGUUGCCAAACCCUUGGGGUGCAGAGACAAUUCACACCUUCUCCUGCAGCACCUACCGUGUCUGAUCAGCCAAUGUCCCUCAUGGAUCACUCCUCCAGAAAGAAACCUACGUCAGCCAGAACUUCAAAAGCAGCCAGGAGCAGCCUUCCAGCUCCCAACGAUAUUCCAGUACAAAUCUUCCUGCCACCAGGACAGGCAGUAUCUCCUACAACACUCCCGCCGCCACUUCCUCCUCCCCCGCCUCCCCCUCCACCUCCCCCACCGCUGCCUCCUCCACUGCCUGCCCCUUGUGCUUUGCUGGGUCACAAAAGCACUUCAACACAUGACGACCAGGGUCGACCACUCCUAACCUCGGCAGAGAAUUCACUGAAGAAAUCCCUGAAGGAAAACAUAGGAACUAUGGAUGAUGUAUUAGCUUCUUUGAAGCGUGGUGAAAUUUUGCUUCGAAAAGUAGAUCGGACAAAGCCGCAAUCUCUCGACAAGUCCGAGGACCUGCGACAAAACCUGUUGGCUACAAUUCGACAAGGCAUCCGUUUGCGAAAGGUCACAGUAGGAGGUAACCUCCCUGUGAGCACUGAUCCAGCCAAUGAGUUGGAGCGUAGCAUUAAAGCAGCCAUGAAGCGAAUGAAAAAAGUGUCCCCGGAAUCUGAUGAAGAAGCAGAUGAUGGCAAUCAGUCUGAAGAAUGGGACACCUGAAUGCGUGCUUUCUCCACACUUGCUCUGCAAUUUGAAUAUCUGUCACUAAAUUUGUUUCAAUCUGUCUGCAGGAAUUGACAGGAAAUAAUUGGUAUCAAAAACAAAAUGAAGAUUUGAGAAGUUAAACCACCAACUCAAUUCUGUGCCAAGUUAUCGGAUGAAUGGCUAGGUGCACUUCACCAAAGAAUUUCCUGAAAUUCAAAUGUCAAGUAUAAGGAUUUAUUUAUAACUUUGCAGUUUCCAAAUUCCGUGGUUUAUUGGAGUGAAAAUAAUACUACAAUACUGCUGUUCUGAAUCAAAUACAUUGAAUCAUGUGAUUUGAUCAUAAACACGAAUACCUUUUGCCAAAAAAACUCACUUAUUCAGAUCUUUUAAUUUAACAUCUCAGAGCUUCAGGAAAAUGAGUUGCAAAGCAAAUUGGAUUGGGCAGGAUGGACGAAAGAAUGCAAUUAACUUGCCUUUAUAUAGCACCUUUUACAACCUCAGAUUUUCCCAAACUCAAAAUAAUGAAGCACUUUUAAUUGGGUGUAUCGUCAGUUGUGUAGGAAAUGUGGCAGCCACUUGUGCUCAGCGCCUACAACCAGCGAUAAUGAUGGUGUCAGUGAUAUGAUGACAAUGAUGUUUCAUCAGGAGGCAAGCAGCUACCAUAGGCCAGUGAGGCUUGUUGGCUGACUCCAAGCCAUGCAGGAUAGAGGGCUUAGAUAAGCUGAGGUAAUGUCAAGCAAAAAAAUCCAUUGGAUUAAAGCAGAAUGUAUAUGUUCAUCAAUAAAGCAUAAGCUAGACUGAGCUAACAUAUGCUCGGAUUGUCUCACAAACACUGACUGCAGGCUGUUUGUAAUGUAAUGUAGCAUGGCAGUGAGAUACAGAGCCCACUCUCUUGAGCUUCCCAAAACUCUAGGUGUUUAACUGUGAUGUUUUGUCAUAGUCUGUAUUUGCCCAGCUGACAACUUACCCAGAAUACCUCAUUAGAACAGCAAUGCCUCUUCCUUGUGUUUUAAUGACUCUCGUCCAACAUGAGGACUGUUCCAGAGAGGUGUUCAGAAAGCAGAGCUGACCAUAAAUGUUCCAUAGGUUUGUUCUUUUAAUUUUUCAGUCGCCUCAAGAAUCCGAGGCCCUACCAGCUGCCGCACUGAGGCAGACAAACAGCAUAGGCUUGUUCCAGCCUGGGCCCUGGCUUGGGUAUUCUCUGACUAGAGACGAGAGAUAAUGAGCCCAGGCUUUUGUUCGUUAGCCAGCCCCUUCUGGCGAGAGUGGGAUGGGCCUGGACUCCGAAACUCUCUGCAGUUGAUUACUACACUGGUUUCUACUGGUUAGACUCAUGAGAGAUUUGAUUACUUUUGGGUUCUGAAGGACAGUUUGCAGAACUUAAUCCCAGUAAAAGAUAAGGAAAUAUCAAUUAACAUUUCAUUAAUCUCUAGGAUCGUGAAUUUAAAACACUGGACAUUGGAUGUGUAGGUAAUAAACUGUUGAGAGAUUAUUAAUGAAGGCACAGUUUACUCUUUUAAAGCUUCUGCAAAUAUACAUAACUAUAAAUUGUAUUUUUUGCACAGAUCUACAGUUGAAAUUGAUCAUUUAUUUUUAAUAAGAAUAUUCAGGUUAUCAAUCUAAGGCACUUUAAGAUGUAAUUACAGAACUCUCACCUUGCUGUUUCAGAGGACUGUAUUGCUUUCAAAAUAGGCUGAAAUAUUGUACAAUUAAUCUCUUUAAUUCCUUUUUUCUUUUAAGCUCUUUGCUUGUAAUGCUGUAUAUACUUGGAGUGUCUGCUGCUCUGUCCCUGCAGAAGUUACUGAAAUUUUAUUUGAAACCUUUGACAUUAAUAAUGUUGAAAAUAUAUAACGUUUCACGGUUCUAUUCCUGUAUAUUUCCUUCGUUUUGCUGUCUCACACAAUAGAUAAACUGGAGAUUUCCAUGUUGCAAGAUCUUGGGAGCAGGUGUUGGUUAUUCAGCCUUUUAAAGGAGCAGGAGGAAUUAAUUGCCCCUAGUGGCCUGGUUCUAAUGUUAAGGUUUGCCCUUUUAUUCAGAGCUCUCCACCAGAUGGAAAUGUUGAAUGUAGUGUGUGUUGCACAAUCCAUGCUUUUAUGCUCCCUCCUAACUCUGCAAAUUGAAAGACAACUUCAACAUUUCUUGAACACUCUGAUCUUCUUAAAGCAUUUACUUCUAAAGAACUAAUAGAAUGUCUGCUGCCACUACCAAGGUGUGCUCAGUUCAUGUGCAAAAUGUACAUGUACUGUCGUUGCCAGUGAUGUCAUGCCAUCUUGGUCACUCAUUGGGUGCUACCAUAUUUUUUUCUGGCAGUGUUUCACAAAGUGAGCAUGUGCAGAACUUUCUGCACUUGCAAUGUGAUCAUUUUCGGGAUGUCAGGAGACACAGGCCAGAACUAAAGUCCAAAAUAUAACCCCUGACCUGUACAAGAUCAUUACCAAAUUGAGAUGGCAUCAGUAAGUUAUAUCUCAGCUCCCUGGCUGAUAUUUGACAGUUUACAAGCUUGGUGACAAAUGUUAACUUGGACAAUGUGGGCUUAACCUUUUUAAAAAGUGACAGACGAGACGAUUGGAGUAAACAGCUGGUCCUGGCGUAGAUAACCAUUUAUAGACGUUCUUGCGGCAUUCUUUGUAAUGACAGUGGUUGUGGGGACUAGUGACAAAUGGAAUCCCAGGGUGUGGUUUUUGAGGGUUUUUUCACUGAAAUGUCUAAGGUGUGUUUCUGAUCACCUGUUUAUAUUGUCACUAAGGCAACUUUUAUUUCCAGUUCUGUAGCAUUGCCCACCCCCAACCCUUCACCCCCACAUCAGCCUAUCUGCUGCUGACAAUCCUAUCCAUUCCAUUAGAAGAGUGGAUGUGGAGAUAACAAGAUCCUCCUGAUGUUCUACCCUCUAAACUUGAAACUGUGCUGACUGGGUCUGAAUUCCCCAUCACGUUUGUGCUUGCUGACCCAUGGCUCCUGGCCAAGUCUUGUUUUUAAAACGCUCAUCCUUGAUUUCAAAUCCCCCUUUUGCCUCACUCUUCCCUUUCCAAUAUAGUUGCCCUCAUCUAAUUCUGGUUUCUCGAACUCUCAAUUUUAUUGCUGCACCUUGUUUUCCUCUUUAAGACACUCCCGGUAAAUAACUUACUAGCAUUUUGACUGACCUAAUAUCAUCUUUAUUCAAAAUGGGAGGCAGCUGGAAAACAGGUCAGUGAGCUUAGUAACUCUCCAAGAAAAUGUUCAAAACUAUUAUUAAAGAGAAGUUAUAGCAGGGCAUUUGGAUAAGUUCGCGUUAAAUCAGACAGUCAACAUCAUUUUUGUGAAAGGGAAAUUUUGUUUAACCAAGCUGCCAGGAGUUAUGAGGAUGUAAUAAUGUGCUGACACUGAAGGGGAGUGAGUAGAUGAACUGUACUUAGAUUUCUAGAAGGCAUUUAAUAAGGUGCCAGGUGAAAGAUUAUUGUGGAGAAGAAAAGCACAUGGUGUAGGGGUGUAGCCUGUUGGCAUGGAUACAAGAUUUGUUCUGAGAAAGGGUCACCGGACACAACGUUAACUCUGAUUUCGCUUCACAGAUGCUGCCAGACCUGCUGAGCUUUUUCAGCAACUUCUGUUUUUGUUUCUGAUUUACAGCACCUGCAGUCUUAUAUGAUACAAGAUUGGCUGGCUAACAGGAAACAGUGGGCAUAAAUAGGUAUUUUUCAGGUUGGCAAGAUGUAACAAGUGGUGUCACAGGGAUCCCAACUUUACAAUUUAAAUUGAUUUACUUGGAUGAGGAAAUAGGAAGGUAUUGAAGCAUCUUUGCUGAUGCCAUGAAGAUAGGUAGGAAAGUGAGCUGUGAAGAGGAUUUAAAAGCACUGUAAAGGAUUAUAGAUAAGUGGCAAAGAUCUGGCAAAUGGAGUAUAAUGUGGAAAAAUGUGAAAUUAUCCAUUUUGGCAUCAAGAAUAAAGAAGAAUAUGAACUAAAUAGCCCAUGGAUGCAAAGGGAUCUGAAUGCUGCAAUGUAUGAUUCACAAAAUGCUAGUGUGCAGGUACAGCAAGUAAUUAGGAAAGUGAAUGUAUUUGUUUAUUGUGAGGGGAAUUGAAUGCAAAAGUAGCAGAGUAUCCUUCAGUUGUACAGGGCAUUGGUAACACCAUGUCAGGUCCACAGUAUUACCUUAUUUACACAAGGAUAUAAAUGCAUUUGAAUCAGUUUGGAGCCAGUUUACUGGACCACCCCCUAGAAUUCUUUUUUUUCUAUUCAUUUGUGGGAUGUGGGCGUUGCUGGUUGGCCAGCAUUUAUUACCCGCCCCUAGUUGCCCUUGAGAAGGUGGUGGUGAGGAAUUGAUAGGUUGUCUUAUGAGGGAGGGAUGGACAGGGUCUGGUUGUAUCUGCUUGAGUUUAGAAGUAUAAAUGCUGAUUUGAUUGAAAUAUGCAAGAUCUUAAGAGGUUAUGUCAGGUGCAAGAUUGCAGAUGUUUUGUUUGAAAAUGGAAGUUGGAACAGUUUUGUUUUUAGAACUUGAACGCAAAGUAGAACUAUGGGGUUCUCUUGCCGAAACUGAAUUUGGUACAGUACAUCCCGAGACACACAGGCACCAGGUCUCUUUGAAAAAGAAAAAAAGUAACUAGUCAGCAAUGGCUUGUGGUUUCAAACCUCCAAACGCCUUCUCUCUCAAUCGCCUCCCGUCUGAGUGGAAAGAAAUUGACAUUCAAAAAAUGCCAAAAGCAAUGGUUAACUCAAGCCAAGACCUAGGUCUAAGUAAUCAUUUAAGAAAUUGAGGAUGCCACGUGAUAAUAUCACCAAAACUCAAAAAGGGACUGUUGGAAAGUUUCUUCAUUUUCCCUCUUAGUUUGAACUUUGGUUCACAAACUUUGUCUUUUUGUCUAUAUUUUACAUCCUUGAUAUUUUUUAAAAAAAAAGCUUGUCUCCUCUAUCCUAUUUGUGAAGGAAUGUGUGUUUGUUUUUGGGUUUAUUGGGGAUAUAGUUUGUUUGCAUAUUAUUAUCAUUGGCAUAUGUUAGCGAAUAUGAUUAUUAUAGUAAAUGUUUUUUCCCUUCA